CCACCCCAAGGAAACCUAUUUGGUUGCAAACAUUAAAAUGCGAAUUUUCGUGGUAGCGUUUGCCAUAUUGGCUGUUGCAGCCUCCGCUGCCAUCGAUAGUCCUUCUAAUGAAUAUCUGCCACCAUCGGAAGACACUGUUGCAUUGGAUUCAAUUGAACCUGAAAGUUCAGCUGCACUCACGGAUAAUGGAUACCAGUAUAGAACGGUAAAACGUCUAAAGUAUAGGCAACGUCGUGAUGUCUCCGAAGUUGCCAAUGAGUAUCUGCCUCCUGCCGAAGAAACCUCUACCGAGAGUGCUGCUGUAGUAAAGGCUGCCGAAGAAUCCGCAGCAUUGGGAGAAAAUGGGUAUGAAUAUAAAACUGUUCGUCGUUUGAAGUAUCGUCACCGUCGCGAUGUAUCCGAACUUGCCAAUGAAUAUCUGCCUCCUGCCGAAGAAACAACCAACGACGAUGUUGUUGAAAUCAAAUCGGCCGAGGAACCCCAACAGUCUGCUGUAUUAGGUGAAAAUGGUUAUGAAUACAAAACUGUGCGUCGCUUAAAGUAUCGUCAUCGUCGUGACGUUUCCGAAAUAGCUAGCUCAUACUUGCCACCGUCUGAAGAAAUAACCACAGAAGCUGUGGCUGAUGAUUCCGCUGUCUUGGGUGACAAUGGCUACGAGUACAAGACUGUGCGUCGUUUGAAAUAUCGUCAACGUCGUGAUGUAUCCGAAAUUGCCAAUGAAUAUUUGCCCCCUGCCGAAGAAGAAGCAACCACCGAAGCUGUGGCCGAAGUUAAGACCGCUGAAGAACCUCAGGAUUCCGCUGUUUUGGGUGAGAAUGGCUACGAAUACAAAACUGUGCGCCGUUUAAAAUACCGUCAUCGUCGCGAUGUAUCCGAAAUUGCCAAUGAAUAUUUGCCCCCAGCCGAAGAAGAAGCAACAACCGAAGCUGUGGCCGAAGUUAAGACCGCUGAAGAACCUCAGGACUCCGCUGUUUUGGGUGAGAAUGGCUACGAAUACAAAACUGUGCGUCGUUUGAAAUACCGUCAACGUCGUGAUGUAUCCGAAAUUGCCAAUGAAUAUUUGCCUCCUGCUGGAGAAGAAGCUACCACCGAAGCUGUGGCCGAAGUAAAGUCCGCCGAAGAAUCUCAGGAUUCCGCUGUUUUAGGUGACAAUGGAUACGAAUACAAAACUGUGCGUCGUUUGAAAUACCGUCAACGUCGUGAUGUAUCCGAAAUUGCCAAUGAAUAUUUGCCCCCAGCCGAAGAAGAAACCACCACCGAAGCUGUGGCCGAAGUUAAAUCCGCCGAGGAACCUCAGGAUUCUGCUGUUUUGGGUGACAAUGGCUAUGAAUACAAAACUGUGCGUCGUUUGAAAUACCGUCAACGUCGUGAUGUAUCCGAAAUUGCCAAUGAAUAUUUGCCUCCAGCUGGAGAAGAAGCUACCACCGAAGCUGUGGCCGAAUUAAAGUCCGCCGAAGAACCUCAGGAUUCCGCUGUAUUGGGUGACAAUGGCUACAAAUACAAAACUGUGCGUCGUUUGAAAUACCGUCAACGUCGUGAUGUAUCCGAAAUUGCCAAUGAAUAUUUGCCCCCUGCCGAAGAAGAAGCUACCACCGAAGCUGUGGCCGAAGUCAAGUCCGCCGAAGAGCCUCAGAAUUCCGCUGUUUUGGGUGACAAUGGCUAUGAAUACAAAACUGUGCGUCGCUUGAAGUACCGUCAACGUCGUGAUGUAUCUGAAAUUGCUAAUGAAUAUUUGCCCCCUGCCGAAGAAGCUACCACAGAAGCUGUGGCCGAGGUUAAGACCGCCGAAGAACCUCAGGAUUCUGCUGUCUUGGGUGACAAUGGCUAUGAAUACAAAACUGUGCGUCGUUUGAAAUACCGUCAACGUCGUGAUGUAUCCGAAAUUGCCAAUGAAUAUUUGCCCCCAGCCGAAGAAGAAGCCACCACCGAAGCUGUAGUCGAAGUUAAAUCCGCCGAGGAACCUCAGGAUUCUGCUGUUUUGGGUGACAAUGGCUAUGAAUACAAAACUGUGCGUCGCUUGAAAUACCGCCGUCGCCGUGAUGUAUCCGAAAUUGCCAAUGAAUAUUUGCCUCCUGCCGAAGAAUCCACCACCGAAGCUGUGGCCGAAGUUAAAUCCGCCGAGGAACCUCAGGACUCUGCUGUUUUGGGUGACAAUGGCUAUGAAUACAAAACUGUGCGUCGCUUGAAAUACCGUCAACGUCGUGAUGUAUCUGAAAUUGCUAAUGAAUAUUUGCCCCCAGCCGAAGAAUCCACCGCAGAAGAAUCUCAGGAUUCGGUUGUUUUGGGUGACAAUGGCUACGAAUACAAAACUGUGCGUCGUUUGAAAUACCGUCAACGUCGUGAUGUAUCUGAAAUUGCCAAUGAAUAUUUGCCUCCUGCCGAAGAAUCCACCACCGAAGCUGUGGCCGAAGUUAAAUCCGCCGAGGAACCUCAGGAUUCCGCUGUUUUGGGUGACAAUGGCUAUGAAUACAAAACUGUUCGUCGUUUAAAAUACCGUCAACGUCGUGAUGUAUCUGAAAUUGCCAAUGAAUAUUUGCCCCCUGCCGAAGAAUCCACCACCGAAACUGUAGCCGAAGUUAAAUCCGCCGAGGAACCUCAGGAUUCUACUGUUUUGGGUGACAAUGGCUAUGAAUACAAAACUGUGCGUCGUUUAAAAUACCGUCAACGUCGUGAUGUAUCUGAAAUUGCCAAUGAAUAUUUGCCCCCUGCCGAAGAAUCCACCACCGAAGCUGUAGCCGAAGUUAAAUCCGCCGAGGAACCUCAGGAUUCUACUGUUUUGGGUGACAAUGGCUAUGAAUACAAAACUGUGCGUCGUUUGAAAUAUCGCCGUCGUCGUGAUGUAUCUGAAAUUGCCAAUGAAUAUUUGCCCCCAGCCGAAGAAGAAACCACCACCGAAGCUGUAGCCGAAGUUAAAUCCGCCGAGGAACCUCAGGAUUCUACUGUUUUGGGUGACAAUGGCUAUGAAUACAAAACUGUGCGUCGUUUGAAAUAUCGCCUUCGUCGUGAUGUAUCCGAAAUUGCCAAUGAAUAUUUGCCCCCAGCCGAAGAAGAAGCUGUAGCCGAAGUUAAAUCCGCCGAGGAACCUCAGGAUUCUACUGUUUUGGGUGACAAUGGCUAUGAAUACAAAACUGUGCGUCGUUUGAAAUAUCGCCGUCGUCGUGAUGUAUCCGAAAUUGCCAAUGAAUAUUUGCCCCCAGCCGAAGAAGAAGCCACCACCGAAGCUGUGGCCGAAGUCAAAUCUGCCGAGGAACCUCAAGAUUCUGCUGUUUUGGGUGAAAAUGGUUACAAAUACAAAACAGUGCGUCGUUUGAAAUAUCGCCAACGCCGUGAAGUUUCUGAAAAUGCUUACCAAUAUUUGCCCCCCACCGAAGAAACUUCUACCGAGGCCAUAGCCGAAGUAAAAUCUGCCGAGGAACCCCAGGAAUCCGCAGUUUUGGGUAACAGUGGCUACGAAUAUAAAACAGUGCGUCGCCUUAAAUAUCGUCACCGCCGUGAAGUUUCCGAUAUAACCAAUGAAUACCUACCACCCGCUGAAGAAAGCUCCACCAAAGCCCUCUCUGAGGAUCCCAUGGAUACCGCAGUAUUGGGUGACAGUGGUUAUGCUUACAAAACAGUCAAACGCCUCAAGUACAGACAACGCCGUCGUGUUUAG